AUGGGGCUCUUUAGCUGGUACUUCUGCCACCGACGUGGCUCCGCUUCGAAAUCCCCAAAGUCGUCCGAGGCAAAACAAAAUCCCCUUGUUGCCCCAAAACUUCCUGUUAGCGACGAAGAGGGAACGAAUUCACCAGAUAUAUCUCUCCCGGGAGCAUUCCCAUCGACGCCACCCGAGUCCCCUGGUCUCAAGCCAAUCGAUCCCUAUGGCGAAACAACCGAGGAAGCGGAAGCUUCGUCUCAAGAAUGGGAACCUAUGGACCUUGAUGGUCACACAAAACCUGCACUCGUCACAGACCUUGGGAUUCACCUUCAUCCACGAUGGCCCGCGUAUCGGUCUCGCCCGCCAACACCCAAGCGGACCCCACCGCCCAGUCCGCCGAAAGUCAAGCGAGUUCGGGAUGAUCGCAUGGAGAUCGACGACCCAUGGCAGCAACGCGCUCGCGAGUUUUCAAGGACCCCACAUGGACCCGUGUCUGCUGUACAACUGUUCAACCCCAAACCGAAGCCGAUUCCACCCAAUCGCAUCGCAUCUUGGUACGCGCCGGAAUUUGAGAAACGAGAAAAAGAAAGACUUGCUCGAGAGCUUGAUCGCCACAGGCCGUCUAGAGUUGUACCGCGUGGUCAGCCCGUACGGUCACUCUCACCAACGUGGCUUACGAAAGUACAAAAUGCCGUGCAAUGCGCGCAAUCCCAAGUCAUCGCCAGGUCAUUGACCGGAGAUGAGAUAUGUCAAAAGGAUAUUGUAACCUGCGUUCGCCCGCUGGCAUGGCUUAACGAUGAAAUUAUCAAUUCCUAUCUCGGUUUACUCGUUCACUACCUGCGCGAAUUGAACGGAAACUUAGGUCCCAAAGAUAAACCACGUUUUCACUCCUUCAACACCUUUUUCUACUCUACCUUGCGUGACAAGGGAUAUGCGGGCGUGGCAAGAUGGGCGAGACGAGCCAAGAUCGGUGGUGCCGAUCUGCUUAAUGUCGAUAUGGUCUUCAUACCUGUACAUGAGGUCAAUCACUGGACCCUCAUGGUUGUGAGGCCGGCAGAUCGUACAAUCGAGUAUUUUGACUCACUUGGCUCUGCCGGUUCUGCUCAAGUGACUCGCAUCAAAAAGUGGCUCCAUGGGGAGCUUGGGGACCAAUAUAAAGAAGAAGAGUGGACUGUUCUUGCAUCCCUCUCUUCACAACAAGAUAACAUGAGCGACUGCGGCGUCUUCCUGUUGAUGAACGCGAAAGCAAUCGCCCUCGGUAUUGAGCCUACGGCCUUUGGGCCAAGUCAUACCUCUCUUCUUCGCAGGAAGAUCGUCGCUGAGCUUAUGAAUGGCGGCCUUCAUGGGGAGUUUAUUCCACAAGAUCCGGCAGGUCUCCUCUUGCUGUAA